AUGAGAAUGAGUUCAUAUUACACAAACCUCCUACCCCCACCUGGUACCAUGUCCCCCAACUCCAUGUCUAGCGGACUAGGGGGAGGCUGUAGCCUGAACAACGACGCCGGCAAUAUCGGUAUGGCGUCAGCUGAUAUCUACAGCGACCACGGCUCUAAGUAUGACUACAUGAGCUCUUCGAUGUUGGGUUCGAAUCCCAACAACAACCAGGGCGUGAUGGGGUAUGAGAGUUGUUCGCCGACCUACUCGCCGUCGUAUAUGAGGUAUCCUUAUGAAAGUAGAAGUGAGAAUCGAACCCCUUUGCCUCAGGAGAACAUUAAACACAUGGAGCCGCAGCUGGUGCUACAACCGCCUGUUGCUCACCAACUGCACCUGCAGCAUCAACCCGAGGAGCAACAGCAGCACCCACACCUCACCCUGCACCAUGAUCACCACAUGGACAGUCCCCAUCUGGACGGUCACCACCUGGAGAAUCACCACCUGGAUCAGCCACCACAUCUACAGCACCAACAACCGUGCCAGCAGCAGCAGCACCCGCACGCCAUCACCCCACCCACGGCACACCAGUAUCCACCGUAUCCGAUGAACGGCAUCCACCAUCCAGGAAAUCCAUCAGAACUCUACUACGAGAACCGAAUGCUGGACUGUAAGGGUGGGCCCCCUGAUAUGUGUGGGCCCCCGCAUAUGCCCUCCUACUACUAUCCACAACAAUCCAUGCCAGAUCCAAGCAUCUCUCCCAAUGGAUACAAUCCAGGCAUGCCUAAUCCAGCAUGCAUGUCGGGGAUGAACUCUCCGAAUAUGCCAGUGUAUCCGUGGAUGAGACAGGCAAAUAAUGCUGAGGUCCACUUUGAGCAGAAGCGAACCCGGCAGACGUACACACGGUACCAAACCCUGGAGCUGGAGAAGGAGUUCCACUUCAACCGUUACCUGACCAGACGCCGGCGCAUCGAGAUCGCGCACAUGCUGGGCCUGACGGAGCGGCAGAUCAAGAUCUGGUUCCAGAACCGCCGAAUGAAGUGGAAGAAGGAGAACAACCUGGCUAAGCUGACCGGCCCGGAUAAGCCAAUCAAAGAGGAGUGUGGGAGCCCACGUGACUGUUCUAAGGUUAAAAACGAAGAUUGCUCGUCAUUAGAUUCGUUAAAGUAG